UGUGUUUCUAUUGAGAGGAAUCAGCUGGGGGUGGAUAGAGCGAUGACCGCACCCCACUCGGCCUGUGGGACGUGUAGAGCUGCGUGGGCCAGAAGAGUGGAGAGAAGUAGCGAAGGAUGGGACGGAGGGUAUGGGGCCUCUGCCAGGGCAUACCAACAGCUGUGCUUUACGGCUCACUGGCUCUGUUUGUCUCCAUUCUCCACAACGUCUUCUUACUGUAUUACGUGGACACCUUCGUGUCUGUUUACAAGAUUGACAAGUUGUCAUUUUGGGUUGGAGAGACUGUGUUUCUAAUAUGGAACAGCCUAAACGACCCUCUCUUUGGCUGGCUGAGUGACCGCUCCUUCCUGAGCUCUCCUCACUCUGGUUCCCAGAUCACGUCCCCUGAGGUGGUUCUGAAGCGGCUGCAGGCUCUGUCCCGCAGCGGGCCUCUUUUCGCCCUCUCGUUUCUGGCCUUCUGGGUGGCCUGGACCUGGCCUGGCCUGCAGUUCCUCAUCUGCCUGUGCCUUUACGAUGGCUUCCUUACAGUGGUCGACCUCAAUCACAACGCUCUCCUGGCCGACCUGGCGGUGUCCGCACACGACCGCACGCGUCUCAACUUCCACACCUCCUUAUUUAGUGCCAUCGGCUCCGUGUCCGUCUUUCUCUCGUACUCCUUCUGGAACAAGGAAGACUUCUACUCCUUCAGGAUAUUCUGCGUGACUCUAGCUGCUCUUUCCAUGCUUGGCUUCUUUGUUGUUUCGCGACUUCUGCAGCACCGGUUUCAAAGUGAAGUCCAGCCAUGCAAGACCGAGAGCCAGCCACUCACUGAACUGAGUAUCGGUCAAGCUCCUUUUACCUCAGCUGAGAAGCCGGUCACACUUGGCGAGUAUUUAAAGCAGCUGUCACGCCACAAGAACUUCAUGUGGUUUGUCUCUAUGAACCUUGUGCAGGUAUUCCACUGCCAUUUCAACAACAAUUUCUUCCCUCUUUUUCUGGAGCACCUCCUGUCAGACCGAAUCUCUGCCUCUACUGGGUCCUUCCUGCUGGGAAUUUCUUACAUUGCACCUCAUCUGAACAAUCUCUACUUCUUGACGCUGUGCCAAAGACUGGGUGUGUAUCAGGUGGUUCGUGGACUCUUCAUGCUGAAGCUGGGUCUCAGCGUGGCCAUGCUUUUAGCAGGGGCCGACCAGAUCUACUUGCUCUGCAUCUUUAUUGCUAGCAAUCGUGUUUUCACCGAGGGCACUUGCAAGCUUCUGAAUCUGGUGAUCACAGAUCUGGUGGAUGAGGAUUUUGUGAUGAACCGCAGACAGCAGGCAGCUUCUGCUCUUCUCUUUGGUAUGGUUGCCUUGGUAACCAAGCCUGGCCAGACCUUUGCCCCUCUAAUUGGUACCUGGCUGCUGUGUCUCUAUACAGGAUAUGACAUCUUCGAGAGGAACUCUGUAGCAGAAGCCCCGAUUGCAGCUCCUGCGCUUCCCGUGCCGCUACGUCAGGGUUGCUUUUACCUGCUGGUGUUUGUGCCCAUUUCCUGUGCCCUUCUUCAGCUGCUGGCAUGGUCUCGCUUCACUCUGCAUGGGCGCAGGCUACAAAACAUCAAGACUCUUCGACAGAGUGCCCAACACAGCCACCUCAUAGAUGUCAAGGCUAUAUAACACUCCUGUAAAAAGAAAAAGACAGAUGAGCAGCGGGCAUUUCCCCAAAACCAGACCUUCAGUAGAGAAUAGUGAGGCCAAAUACUGCAGCAGACACUCAACACAGAAUGUAUGGUCCCGUUUUAUUAUAACCUGCCUUAAUUUGCUACGUUUGGGUAUUUAUAUUGAGUAUGUGACCAAAUAUGAAUAGGGAUAUGAGAGUCUUGAGGUUUUGGGACCAUAUUGAUCAAUACAACCAACUGCCGUCAAGUAUGUAGUUUAAUGGGUUGAUAAUCAAGCCAAAUCUGUUUGCAUCUCCCUUGUCUGUAUGUGACAAUACACACUGUGUUUUAAGAAAGGGCACGUUUACAGUAAGUGUUCAUUGGUAUUCCAGGGAUACAUGUUGGUUUUGGAAACGCAUGGAUGUUUGUUGAUACUAUCUUUGUCGUUCAGGCGGGUGUGAAGAGUUGUGUCGUGGCCAGUUUUAUGACUUUUACAGUUACUCGUUGAUAUCAGUCAUUAUUCAUACUGAAAGGUAUGUAUGUUAUAGUUCAGAUGAACCCAAAAGCAGACUGUGUGUUGCACUAGCAUGUAUAACUAACAUAUUUUUGUACCGAAUGCCCGAGUUCUCUUUAUAUUUGUGUUUUUAGGGUUGUCAAUUUGACUGAGAUUUGAAGACGGCUAUUAAUUAAAUGGCCAGUUUGACAUUAAAUACAGAUUGACCUCUUAAAGUAGCAGAAAUAGUUUUGUAUCAAGGUUUUACAAAGUACAUUUUUAUUGCCAAAUUUGUAUUCUUAACUUUUAAGAAAAGGUGUCGUUGAUGAGACA